AGCGGAGGUGAAAUAUUAACAGGCAGUGUGGACCUCUAGCCCUUACGAACAGCCGGAAGAAGCCGGGGCGACGGUUGUCAUCGAGAAGACUUGGCAGGCAGGUCUUGCUAGCGCACGUUAGCCGCAGGGCAGCAGGUUUUUUCAAAGGAGGUGAACUCUUCUACUUAUAAAAUUUUCCCCUUUUUUUCUAUAAAUCAGAACAGCUCAGAAUGGAGGCCUAAAACUCUUAAGGGACGUAGUCUAAUCUCUGGGAGGUAGUUUUGUGCAUGAAUAAACAAAUUAAGUAGUUAACUAGAGUUUGUAGCAUCCAAAGAAUGUUAUAAUUUAAAAAAUAUGAUCUAAUUAUAUGAGGUAUAACUAUAAAGUAAUAUUGAGUUUGAUUUUGAAUUUGGCUGUGGAGAAGGGAUUGUACUUGGGACACAUUGUUUUAGCACUCUUCAAAAUUGGCGAGGCAGUCUACCGCUGGCUGCUGUGUAGAAAAGAAAAAAGUACCUGUGUUUGUUAAAGAUUUAAAAAUGAAAGACAGUUAUCUAAACCAAAAAGUUGAUAUUCAACCUCCUGGUAAAUUAGAGGACUAUGCAAAUGAGAACUCUGGCUCCUACAAUGACAAAAAAAUGUCAAGAACAAAACUUUUUAAUAGGUACAACAAAUUUAAAGAAAGUAGGAAAGAUGAAUUUGAUGAUUGGUGAAGAAAUUAUCUAACCAUGAUAAGACUAUCGGUAUUUUAAAAGUCUAAAAUUUAGUUUGUUCAAAUGGGCUAUUAUCUCUGAGAAUAGUAAGAAUAAAAAUGAUGGCUAGACGGUUAUAUUUUGGUGAAGGAACAAACUUAUUCAGAAUGAAAAUUUACACAGAGAUGAUAAUAAUAAACACCAGAAAGCUUUUUAUAACAAUGUGUAAAAUUUUUGACCAGUGGAAGGAAAGCUGAAGUUAGACAUAACUCACCUUUGAGAUAUGUUUCUAUUGCCAAGUGGAAAUAAAACAUUAAAAUCUUUAGUAGAAAAUCCCAGCAUCCCCCCCAAAGAAAAGAAAGGAAGGAAGGUAGAAAAAUCCCAACAUCUGCAGGACCAGGAAACCACGUUUGCAAAUCACUGCUGGAAAAACCAAAAUGACUUGUUUAUUGAUCAUUGCUGAUACUAUUGUUUCAGAUCCUAUUACCUACAAGCUAGUCAUAAUUGAGUUAGUCUAAGUUUUUAGGAGGUCUCUGUUCAAAAGGAAUAGAUUGUGACAAAAUAAAUUUAUUGUUUUUUGUCUUGAUAAAUUCCAGUUCAAAGUAUGCCACCUGGGAAAAAAUUUCUGACCAAAGCCAUAUUUGUACCAUUUGCUUAUCCAACUUAGCCUAUAGACUCAGCAUUCUUGACUUUUGACAGUUUUAAAAAUAAAUCCACUAUCUGAGUAGAAGAUUUGAUACUGGCUCUCAACAGCAUGAAGGCAAAUUUAAAAGACCUGUUGAGCAAAUAUAUUCAUCUCUGAUAAUUUAUUUAAAAUAGAACAUCUAAUUUGCUAAGAUUUAAUGGUAUCAUUAUUAUGAAGCAACUAGGUUCCUAUCUAUGUGAAAUAAUUCUUAUUUAAUAAAUCUUAAAACAGGCCUUAAGAUAUAUCAGUCAAUUCUGUUACUACUUAAACUCUAUCUGGAAGAAAAUUUUAGAUUGAUUUGUUCUCCCUAUAAAAGUGAUUGAAGGAAGAAAAAAUACUUAAUUUGAGCAAGAUUUGGCAUAUUCUGUAUUUCAUUGAAUGUAAGAUGUCAUCAGUUAUAAGGUAUAUCAUUAUUCUAUAUACCUCUGAGGAGUGAAAAUGCUGCUAAUUAAAUAUGAUACAGCACUUAUUGUAAGAUGCCCUUCAAUACCAGAUAUAUUAAAACAUACAUUUUAUAAUCAGUGAAAUAUGGUAAUGCAUUCCUUUCCUCUUAAUGCUUUUUUCCCCUAGCUACCAAAUUUCACAAUUUAAAUAAAGCAAAAUAAACAUAGUUUGAAUAUUUUUUUCUAUAGAGUACUUAUAGAGCAUAACUUUCCACCAUGAAAGCAAGCUAGCUGAGUCAGACAUUUUAUCUUUAGGCUGGCUGAAUGUCACUGAUGCGUGCUAGCGGCGAAGUUGACCUACCUGUGGAAUACCUGACACUAAGUGGCAUCGUGAUGACCUAAAGCACUCUACACUUUUAUGAAGGGUUUUAAUUUCAUCACCAGGUACUGUUUAGCAUCACAUUUGCAUUGUAUGAUCAUACAAAGGUGCUCUUAACUUGUAAUUGUCCCUUAAGAUGUAUCAGUAUAGGAUUUUAAUCUCGCUGUGCUGAAACCCUGAAGACAGGAGAAAAAAGAACAGAAGAUUUCCCAUUCUAGGUGUUCAACCUAGUACUAAAACUAACAAAAAUCAAAAGUCAUGCACAAAACUACCUCCCUAGAGAAAGGCUAGUCCCUUUUCUCCCCAUCCAUUUCCUUAUGAAUAUAGUAGAAGACAGCAAGUUCUUAUCCAAUUUGAUGAAAAACGCCAACAUGUUUGAAUUGAAAUAUGACUUUUCAUGUGAACUGUUUCGAAUGUCUACGUAUUCGACUUUCCCCACCGGCGUUCCUGUCUCAGAAAGGAGUCUUGCUCGAGCUGGUUUUUAUUACACUGGUGUGAACGACAAGGUCAAAUGCUUCUGUUGUGGCCUGAUGCUGGAUAACUGGAAACAAGGAGACAAUCCUAUUGAAAAGCAUAAAAAGUUGUAUCCUAGCUGUACCUUUGUUCAGAAACUAAAUUCAGGUAACAUUUCGGGAGCCACCUCCCAGCUUAAUUUGCCAUUUUCAAUAACAACUUCCACACAUUCAUUACUUCCAAGUUCAGAAAACAUUGGUUACUUCAGUGGCUCUUAUUCAAGCUUCCCCUCAAGUCCUGUAAACUCCGAAGCAAAUCAAGAUAUUUCUGCCUUGAGAAGUUCCAACCAUUGUCUAAUGAAUACUGAAAACUCCAGAUUACUUACUUUCCAGAUGUGGCCAUUGACCUUUCUGUCGCCAACAGAUCUGGCAAAAGCAGGUUUUUACUACAUAGGACCCGGAGACAGAGUGGCUUGCUUUGCCUGUGGUGGAAAAUUGAGCAAUUGGGAACCAAAUGAUGAUGCUAUGUUAGAACACCUGAGACAUUUCCCCAAAUGCCCAUUUCUAGAAAGUCAGCCUCAAGACACUUCAAGAUACAGUGUUUCCAAUCUGAGCAUGCAGACGCAGGCUGCCCGGUACAGAACAUUCUGUAACUGGCCCCCUAGUGUUCCAGUCCAUCCUGAGGAGCUUGCAAGUGCUGGUUUUUAUUAUAUGGGUUACAAUGAUGAUGUCAAAUGCUUUUGCUGUGAUGGUGGACUGAGGUGUUGGGAACCUGGAGAUGACCCAUGGGUGGAACAUGCCAAGUGGUUUCCAAGCUGUGAGUACUUGAUACGAGUUAAAGGACAAGAGUUCAUCAGUCGAAUUCAAGCCAGUUACCCUUAUCUGCUUGAACAGCUGUUAUCUACUUCAGACAAUCCAGAAGAUGAAAAUGCAGAGUCACCAAUUAUUCAUUAUGGACCUGGAGAAAACCAUUCAGAAGAUGCAAUCAUGAUGAAUACACCUGUCGUUAAAGCUGCUUUGGAAAUGGGCUUCAGUAGAAGGCUGGUUAAACAGACAGUUCAGAGUAAAAUCCUAACAACUGGAGAGAAUUAUAAAGUCGUCAGUGAUCUUGUAUUAGAUUUACUUAAUGCUGAAGAUGAAAUAAGGGAAGAAGAGAAAGAAAGAGCAACUGAGGAAGAAGAAUCAGAUGACCUAUCACGUAUCCGGAAAAACAGAAUGGCACUUUUUCAGCAUUUGACUUGUGUGCUUCCAAUCUUGGAUAGUCUACUAAUUGCCAAAGUAAUUAAUAAACAAGAACAUGAUGUUAUUAGACAGAAAACACAGACAUAUUUGCAAGCCAGAGAACUGAUUGAUACUAUUAUAGUAAAAGGAAAUUUUGCAGCCACCAUAUUCAGAAACUCUCUACAAGAAAUUGACCCCACAUUAUACAAGCGUUUAUUUGUGCAACAGGACAUAAAGUAUAUUCCCACAGAAAACGUUUCAGAUUUACCAGUGGAAGAACAAUUGAGGAGACUGCAAGAAGAAAGAACAUGUAAAGUGUGUAUGGACAAAGAAGUGUCCAUAGUGUUUAUUCCUUGUGGCCAUCUAGCCGUAUGCAAAGACUGUGCUCCUUCUCUAAGAAAAUGUCCUAUUUGUAGAGGUACAAUCAAGGGUACAGUUCGUACAUUUCUUUCAUAAAGAUGAUCCAAAAUUUUAGAAUUAGUGGAUUAAGUGUAUUGUAAUUUUAACUUUUAUAUUAAUUUGGUUUCCAUAACUUUUAAAAUCUACUUAGAACUCAGAAAAUUUUGGUUUACACACAUAUAUUUAUAUUAAUAUAUAGCUAAAACAUAUGAACAUAUUUCACAUAGCAAGAGAAUAAGCUUUUGUUCUUGUGAACAAAAAAAUAGGGACAGCACUACAAGUACAAUACUAAAUCAAAAUUUCAGCACUAUUGAAGUUGUAAGUGAAGUAAAAUUUAAGAUUUUUAAAUUAAUCUUUCAGAAUUUUAAAUAUUUGGGAGUUGUAUUAAGAACCAAGAACACGGGUCCUCUGCCUUUUUUGAUCAGCGUCCUAUACAUAGAAGGUCCUGAUAUUUGUUGAAUGACUCUAUGCAAACAGUGUUUUUGUAAAGAAUUCUGUGAGGAACAUUUUAA